GGAGGCGGUCGUGUUGUGUGGCUGGCCAGCCAGCCAGCUAGCUAUCGGAAAUUUGGCUUUUUUUAUUAGCUGUCCAGCUAAAUGGAAAUAAUUCAUUGAGCUCACCUUAAGAAAUGUAUAAACAUCAUUAAUCCAGUCCUCCGGGGACAAUGCGGAUGAGCUAUACUGGCUAUGCUUCUAUCCAAAGGCAGAGCAACGAGUUUCAUCAUUGUUUAUACAAUGCAGUGAACCUGAUGGCUCAGUGCAGCGUCCAAGUGCUUUUGUUCCUGCUCCUGAAGACUCUGCAGACGUCAGCCGAAGACGGGCACAUCGAGUGCCUGUGCGACGGCAACGCGUGCGCCAUGAAGCCGCGCUGCGACGGCGAGCAGUGCUACUCGUCGGUGCGGCUGAGCGGCGGCGCGCCCGUCUUCACCCGCGGCUGCCUGACGGGCUCCGAGAAGAGCCGCAUGACCUGCCUGACGGCGCCCUCCGCCAGCCAGGCCGUGCUCUGCUGCUCCCAGCACAUGUGCAACUCCAACGCCAGCGUGGACACGCUGCUGCCCCUGCUGCUCACCGUGCCCGCGGGGGAGCCGCUGAAGUACCGGGUGGAAACGCUGGUCCUGUUUGUGGUCAGCCCGUUCGUGGUGCUCGCCCUCCUGUCCCUCCUGGCCGUGCUGGCCUGCCGCCGGCUCCACCACGGCCGGCUGGAGAGACUCCACGAGCUGGACGCCGAGCAGGGCGCUAUCGACGGCCUCAUCGCCUCCAACGUGGGCGACAGCACCCUGGCGGACCUGCUGGAUCACUCCUGCACCUCUGGCAGUGGCUCCGGCCUGCCCUUCCUGGUGCAGAGGACAGUGGCUCGGCAGAUCAGCCUGGUGGAGUGUGUGGGAAAAGGACGGUACGGGGAGGUGUGGCGAGGACAGUGGCAGGGCGAGAACGUGGCGGUGAAGAUCUUCUCCUCGAGGGACGAGAAGUCCUGGUUCCGGGAAACGGAGAUCUACAACACGGUUCUGCUCAGGCACGAGAACAUACUGGGGUUCAUGGCGUCGGACAUGACAUCGCGCAACUCCAGCACCCAGCUGUGGCUCAUCACCCACUACCACGAGAACGGCUCGCUGUACGACUACCUGCAGCGCGUCGCCGUGGAGACGGCCGACGGGCUGCACAUGGCCGCCUCCGUCGCCAGCGGCCUGGUGCACCUGCACACGGAGAUCUUCGGCACGGAGGGCAAGCCGGCCAUCGCUCACCGCGACCUCAAGAGCAAGAACAUCCUGGUGAAGAAGGACCUCCGCUGCUGCAUCGCCGACCUGGGUCUGGCGGUCACACACUCGCAGUCUGACAAUCAGCUGGACGUUGGCAACAACCCGAAGGUGGGCACCAAGCGCUACAUGGCCCCCGAGGUGCUGGACGAGACCAUCCAGACGGACUGCUUCGACGCCUACAAGCGUGUGGACAUGUGGGCGUUUGGGCUGGUGCUGUGGGAGAUAGCCCGCCGGACGUACAGCAACGGCAUCGUUGAGGAGUACAAGCCGCCGUUUUACGACCUCGUGCCGAACGACCCCAGCUUCGACGACAUGCGCAAAGUGGUCUGCGUGGAGCAGCAGAGGCCCUUCGUCCCCAACCGAUGGUUUUCUGACCCGACCCUGUCGGCACUGGUGAAGCUGAUGAAGGAGUGCUGGUACCAGAACCCCUCGGCCCGACUCACCGCCCUGCGAAUCAAAAAGACUCUGGACAAAAUCCAAAGCUCCCUGGAGAAGGGAAAAGCAGACUGCUGAAGGGAGGCGGGGUCUGCCCCAUCGA